UGGUUGAAUUUAUACGAGAGUUCGUUCUCGCUCGAAAACGCCAAAUACGCUUUCAAACCAAAAUGGAGGAUUUGUCGGUCGAGGUGUACGGUGAAAAUGGUGCUUAUUAUAAGGCCAUUGUCACCGACGUGCUCGACAACGAGGUUCUCGUAGCCUUUGAAAAUGACUGGCAGCCGGAGUCCAAAUUUCCCUUUUCUCAAGUGUUCCUACCACCCAAAGACUCCGGCAAACACACUGAGUUCGUGGAGAACCAAGAGGUCGAGGUGUUCGCGAGGUCGAAUGAGAAAGAAGCAUGUGGGUGGUGGACAGCAAAUAUCAAGAUGAUAAGGGGCGACUUCCUCGUGAUAGAGUACUUGGAAUGGGACAAUUGCUACACAGAGAUAGUGCCAAAGGACCGGCUCAGGGUGAAAACUCCCAAGACCCCCAUUGACAAAAACACCUUCCACAAGUUCGAAAUUGUGGUGCCUGAUGAUCUCAAGGACUAUGCGAAGGUGGAGAACGCCCACAAGGAGUUUCAGAAGGCUAUCGGCGCGGCGCUGGUGUGGUACGUGCCCGAGCGCGGGCUGCUGGCCGUCAUCUCGCGCUGCGAGACCUCGCACAAGCGUGCCGAGAUGCUGCAGGAGAUGCACUUUAGGAAUUUAGCCCAGAAGCUGCUAUUGCUAAAAAAGACUGAAGAGGCAGCAAGGCAACUGGAAUCUACUAAAAUUCACAAUCAAGGAGGAGUAGAUGAGUGUGUGACCGGCAGGCACACGGACGAGUUCUCAGUGCGCGAGGACCUGAUGGGGCUGGCCAUCGGCACGCACGGCGCCAACAUACAGCAGGCGCGUAAGGUGCCCGGCGUCACCAACAUCGAGCUUGAAGAGCUGUCCUGCACCUUUAAAAUCUGCGGCGAGUCGAGCGAGGCGGUGCGCGCUGCGCGUGCGCUUCUUGAAUACGCGGAAGAAUCCAUCACUGUGCCGCGCGCGCUCGUGGGAAAAGUCAUCGGCAAGAACGGCAAGGUCAUCCAGGAGAUCGUCGACAAGAGCGGCGUCGUGCGCAUCUACCCAAGUGAGCUCAACCUAAAACCUCCAGUAGACAUACCUUCUCACCAUAAGAAAUCUUUAGUGAAGGUGGAGGGCGACAACGAGCCGCAGCCGUCGGCGCCGCGCGAGGAGGGCAUGGUGCCCUUCGUGUUCGUCGGCACGCGCGAGAACAUCGCCAACGCCAAGGUGCUCGUCGAGUACCACGUGGCGCACCUCAAGGAGGUGGAACAGCUGCGCGCAGAGAAGCUGGAGAUCGAUCAGCAGCUACGCGUGGUGAUGUCGGGCAACUCGGCCGCCUUCCCGCCGCCGCGCGGAGCCCCGCCCGCGCGCGCGCGCCGCCCCCGCCUGCCCGCCGUGCGCUACCCGCCCGGCGGGCGGCGUAUGACUCCCGAGGUGGGCGAGGAGCGCGGCGAUGGCGGCGGCUACCGCCCGCGUGGCGGACGCGCGCCACGACCCAACAGGUCCAGCGAACGCGGAGAGCGUGGCGAGCGCGGCGAGCGGCGCGGCGGCGGCGGCGAGGAGCGGCGCGUGCCGCUGGAGAACGGACGCCCGCACCCGCCGCGCGCGCCGCACCACGCGCCGCACCCGCCGCACCAGCCGCACCCGCCGCGAGCCAAUAGCGGGCGGCGGCGCGAGGAGCGGCGAAGGCAGACCGACGACGAGAGCUCAGUACUAGACAGCCAGGACGUGUCCAGCGCCGACAGAGAGUCCGCGACGUCCGAGGAGGGCCGCGGCGCCGGGGAGGCGGCCGGGCGCCGCCGCCGCCGGAGGAAGCAAGGAGGCGGAUGGAAGAACGGAGUGAGCGGUUCCGGCUCAGGCCCGGGCGGCGAGGGCGCGGGCGCGGCGCCGGCGGCGGCGGCGGGGACGGCUGGCGCGGCGGCGGCGGGCGCGGACAAGCGGCCGGGCAAGGGGCGCCGCGAGCCGCCCAAGGCCAAGGCCGAGCUGCUGAACGGCACGGCGUAGGGCGCGCGGCGCCCGGUUGGUCCCGGGCGGGCCCGGAGCCCCGGCAGCGCAGGGCGCCGCCCCGCGCGCCCCGUGACGGUUGAUGGCAUUUAUUGACUCUUCUGUUUGAUCACUCGUGUCUGACUCGCUCGGCCGCGCCGGCCCGGCCCGGCCCGCCGC